AUGGCCCCAGGCGGAGGAGGAAAUAUUAAGGUGGUGGUGAGAGUGCGGCCUUUCAAUGGCCGAGAGCUCGACCGUAAAGCAAAAUGUAUCGUUCAAAUGAAAGGCUCGCAGACCGUACUUACGCCGCCACCAGGAGCAGAAGAAAAAUCACGGAAAAGCGCGAAGCAAGGAGGUGCAGCCGUCGAAGGCCCGAAAGUAUUCGCAUUCGAUAAAUCUUACUGGUCGUUUAACCGCAGCGACCCGCAUUUCGCCGGCCAGGAUGACCUUUUUGAAGAUCUCGGUAAACCGUUGCUGGACAAUGCGUUUCAAGGAUAUAAUAACUGUAUUUUUGCGUACGGCCAGACUGGAUCUGGCAAGUCGUAUUCCAUGAUGGGGUACGGCGAGGAAGCGGGCGUUAUCCCCAAGAUCUGCAAGGAUAUGUUCUUGAGGAUCGCUGCGCUUCAGUCCGCGGAUAAGAAUCUAACGUGUACGGUGGAGGUGUCGUAUCUCGAGAUUUACAACGAGAGGGUCAGGGAUUUGCUUAACCCCACAACCAAGGGCAACCUUAAAGUUCGAGAGCAUCCUUCAACGGGGCCCUACGUUGAAGAUUUGGCGAAGCUGGUGGUUCGGUCUUUCCAGGAAAUCGAGAACUUGAUGGACGAGGGUAAUAAGGCGCGAACCGUCGCGGCCACAAAUAUGAACGAGACGUCCAGUCGAUCACACGCCGUUUUUACCCUUACAGUGACACAAAAGCGCCACGACACGGAGACAACCAUGGAUACGGAAAAGGUCUCUCGUAUUAGUUUGGUCGACUUGGCCGGUUCAGAGAGAGCUACUUCCACCGGCGCAACGGGCGCGCGUCUCAAGGAGGGUGCGGAGAUCAAUCGCUCACUCUCUACUCUUGGUCGUGUCAUUGCAGCUUUGGCUGAUUUGUCCGCUGGGAAAAAGAAAAGCGCCUCGAUGGUGCCAUACCGUGACUCCGUUUUGACGUGGCUUCUGAAGGAUUCUCUGGGAGGCAAUUCCAUGACUGCUAUGAUCGCGGCAAUCUCACCAGCUGAUAUCAAUUACGAUGAGACGCUAAGUACGCUGCGUUACGCUGAUUCCGCCAAGAGGAUCAAGAAUCAUGCUGUGGUUAACGAGGAUCCUAAUGCAAGGAUGAUCCGGGAACUCAAGGAGGAGCUGGCGCAGCUUAGGAGCAAGCUUGGUGGAGGGGCAAUUGCCGGAAGCGCUGCCGGCGGCGGUCUCGCUGAAGAAGUUUAUCCACCUGGUACUCCGCUUGAUCAACAAAUGGUAUCCAUCGCUCAAGCCGACGGGUCGAUUAAAAAAGUCAGCAAGGCAGAGAUCGUUGAGCAACUGAACCAGAGCGAGAAACUUUACAAAGAUCUCAACCAGACUUGGGAGGAGAAGUUGCAGAAAACCGAGGAAAUUCAUAAAGAACGUGAAGCGGCGCUGGAGGAAUUGGGUAUCAGCAUCGAAAAGGGAUUUGUCGGGCUCAGCACUCCCAAAAAGAUACCCCAUCUUGUCAACCUGAGCGAUGAUCCUUUGCUUACAGAAUGUUUGGUUUAUAACAUUAAACCGGGCACAACCACGGUCGGUAACGUGGAUACAGCGGCAACCUCGGAAAUCCGACUGAAUGGCUCAAAAAUACUUCACCAUCACUGUAGUUUUGAGAACGUCGAUAAUGUUGUUACCAUCGUACCCAACGAGGGUGCGGCGGUGAUGGUCAAUGGAUUGCGCAUAGACAAGCCCAAACGAUUACGAAGUGGAUUUCGGAUUAUUCUGGGCGACUUUCACAUCUUCCGGUUUAAUCAUCCCCAAGAAGCGCGUGCUGAAAGGGUGGAACAAAGCCUUCUUCGGCACUCCAUCACCACAAGCCAGCUUGGAUCCCCCGCGCCAGGAAGAAUGGGACAUGACAGAUCCAUGAGCAAGGCAGGUUCAGAAGUCGAUGGAGAGUCUAGUAGAGCCGAAUCCCCCUUGCCAUCGCACAGGGGUCGGGAUUCCGAUUGGUUCUAUGCUCGACGAGAAGCCGCGAGUGCGAUAUUAGGGCCUGACCCGAAAAUUUCACAUCUGACGGACGAUGAACUAAACGCGUUGUUCGAUGACGUGCAGAAAGCCCGAGCAGUGCGGCGGGGCCGCCCAGAGAGCAAACUUCUCGACGGUGAGGACGAUUCCGAUUCGCUUAGCUCGUAUCCAGUGCGGGAGAAGUAUAUGUCAAAUGGAACUAUCGACAACUUUUCCCUAGACACAGCUCUUACGAUGCCGGGGACGCCGCGCCACGCUGACGACGAAGACGGGGAGGUGGAUAAUACUGCACUACAGAUGGUCCGUGACGACAUGCAACAGCAGCUCGAUAGGCAAAAGGAAGAGUAUAAAACAAAGAUUGUUACUGCCGCUGGGGCGGCAUCGCCGGAUUUAGAAGAGCUACGUGUAGAAAAAGCACGGAUGAAAGAUGCGCUCAAAGUUGCGAAGGAGGAGUUUCAACAAGAACUGCAAAGACAGAAAAAAGAGUUUGAAUCCCAAAUAAAACACAUGGGGUAUUUAGGUCCCCAGAGGAUAUUUGAAACCGGAUUCACUCCACUGGAGCCUGGAGAGAUGUCAAUAGCCAGGUCCGUUGUUCUGCAUUGGCGACAGCGGAAUUAUGUUCGGAUGGCCGAAUCGGUUCUUCAGCACGCGUCACUACUCAAGGAAGCACAAGUCAUGAGUAAUAUAAUGGAUAAGCACGUUGUUUUCCAAUUCGUUGUCGUUGAUGUCGGACAUCAUAUGGCGUCGUCCUAUGAUCUAGUCCUAAACGGCAUUUCAGGCGACGACGAUGUGGCUCUGGAAGACGCGAAGAAACCAUGCAUUGGAGUUCGGUUAAUUGAUUUCAAACACAAUGUUAUCUACAUCUGGUCUAUUGACAAGCUGCAACGUCGCGUCCAGUCCAUGCGACAGAUGCAUCAAUACAUCGACCGGCCGGACUAUAUCCAGCAUUUCAAGCUCGAAAAUCCCUUCUCGGAGACAUGCACCCCUCAAUACUCACUGGUAGGUGACGCUGACAUCCCAUUAGCAGCGGUGUUUGAGUCGAGGGUACAGGAUUUCUCCGUUGAAGCCAUAUCACCAUAUACCCAAAGCGUUGUCGGGAUCAUAAAACUAUCCCUCGAGCCAUCCUCCGCACAAGCACCUUCAUCGACUCUCAAGUUUAAUGUGGUAAUGCGUGAUAUGGUGGGCUUUGCCGAACGGGAAGGAACUGACGUGCAUGCUCAACUAUUUGUCCCUGGUGUUUCGGACGAAGGCGGUGCUACAACAACGCAGAUGAUUAAUGGCUUCGAUGAAAACUCAAUCAGGUUCGAGAGCGUUCAUAGCAUGAGCCUUCCCCUCAACAGCCCCAGGAAUUCGACCUUGAAAGUGUGCAUUUUCGCCUUAGUAACUUCAAUGCAUCUUGACAAACUGCUCAGUUGGGAUGAAAUGCGGGAUUCUCCCGAGUCACCGCCUCAGAAUAGGAAGACGCCGCGAAUUCCCGAGUCCGAGUUUUAUCAAGAAGAACGGCACGAUAUCUUUGUGCGAAUACAAAUACUUGAGCUUGCUGAGAAUGGUGAAUACAUUCCUGUCGAUGUGGUGCAGGGCAAUAGUCUCGAUGCUGGCACUUAUCAACUCCAUCAAGGAUUGCAGCGACGCAUCGUGGUCAACCUCACUCAUAAUUCAACUGAAAGCCUACCGUGGGAAGAUGUCACGAAUUUAAGAGUCGGAACAAUUCGGCUUCUUGAUCCCUGGGGGAAAAUCCCUGAUGCGGACCUGAAAUCUUUAGAUGUACCUCUCAAACUAAUACAAGAACCAAUGGUUACUGACAACGCUGAUGGGACGUCCAACGUAACACUUGUCGGGCAGUGGGAUUCGAGUCUUCAUGGGUCGCUGCUACUCGACCGGAUAACCGCAGACAAAUAUCGCGUUCAGAUAUCCCUUCGUUGGAAUCUGAUUUCUCCACGACUGCAGGAGCCCGUCGUAUUUGAGCUCGAUCAAACGCUACAGAUAUUGGGAAGGGCUUAUGUACGGCCGCAGUCGAUGUUCAAGCAAUUCUGGAGCUCAAUCCGUGUUGUGCACUCCACCGUGGGGAUGUUCUCCGUAGCCGUGCGGCCCAUAUCAGCGAAACGAGUAGCGGACCUCUGGCGCAUGAAUACUCAGAAUGACUAUGUCAAGGGUGAAGAGCUACUAACAAAUUGGGCCCCGCGAAAGGUAUCACUCAUCCGAGAUUUCAUUAGUGCUCGAAAGAAAAGACAACGACUUGCCGAAAUAGACGCCGCUCGGGGAGCAUUGAGUACACGCACCUUAACACCGUUAUCGACCAAUGGUCGAUCUACUCCGCUUCAGGGGCAAAACGGUGGUAGCGAGCGACGAGAUAUGUUGCUUCGGAAGUAUCUCGAUCUAUGGUCAACUAAAAAGGACCUAACUGAAAUAAUCCUUAUCAAGGAUCAUACUGAACCGCCUACUCGUGGUGCUGCCUUCGCAAGAAACUUUUCCGCUGCAACAAGCCUAGCGAGCACCAGUGGCGAUUGCUCCGCCAUCCCCGCAGAACCGUCAUUGCAAUCGUCGCCUCCGCCACUACCCAGUCAUCAACAGCAUCACCCACAAGAGCCGUCAAGACCUCGCUUCGUAGCCACAAUCCAACACAUACCCAAGAACCCCACCGUCCUCAAAUCCGGCUACCUCUACACACCCGAUGACACAUAUAACAACUGGGUCCGCCGCUUCGUCGAGCUCCGCGUCCCAUACCUUCACAUCCACUCCGUGCCCGACGGCGACGAGAUAAACGCAAUCAAUCUUCGCAACUCGCGUGUCGAUCAUGAACCAGACUUUGCACGGUUGCUGGACGGCGGCGUGAGAACUAGUCGGGAUGGCCACGGCUUGUCCAUGAGAGGGCGGCCAAAUCUGUUUGCCAUUUACGGGACGCAGAAUACGUUCCCCUUUGCGACGAGGACAGAGGCGCAGAAAGUCGAGUGGAUUUUGAAAAUUGAUCAGGGCUAUUUUAGCAUGCAGGCUAAUGGUAACGGGGGUGGGAGGAGUAGCAGAUGA